GAAAUCAAAUGUGCUUGACGCGACGACGCAAACAAUGAAUUCGAUGCAUGACACACAAUGCAAACAAUCGUUGCUCCUUCUCAAGCUGGGUCCACACACUGGAUCAUCGCUGAAAUUUCCGGGCAAUCCGUGAACGCAGCAGUGCCCGGCGAACACUCGCAGGGGAUGCGUUGCAGACGCAGCUCGCUUUCGCCGUGCUGGAAACAAACAAUGCGCAGGAAGAGGGACGCCGACUCUGUCUAGUAGAUACCGACUGAUCAUGGCCGGUCGGUGGCGAGACGGUCCUCGCGACCACCCGGGAAGCCCCGCCGGGGGCUUGACCCAGCGACGGGAGCCGCUCGGAGAGACGCGGCGCGCGGAGGAGCCGCCGCUGCGGCAGCUGUGGCAGCUGCCGCGCUGGAUGCGGCUUUACUUCUACGCCAUGCACGGCCUCACUCUGGACGUGGUGCUCUCGGCUGCGCAGGGUUUUUUGAAUCGACGAGACCCCAAAUUGGUGGGCUUCUCCUCCCCGUAUCUCUGCAUCAUGCACUCUCUGACCCACUUGGCGCUGGAGAAGAUCUACUCUCAGAAGAGGUGCUUCCGAGGUCGGCCGGUGGUGUUUCACCUGGUCUUCUACCCGUCUGUCUACAUCGGGCUGCAGAUCCUCAUCGGCAACAUCAACACCUUGACCGAGCAGGUGAGGGUGGUGUCCUGCACGCAGCUGGCGGUGCACUACGCCCUGGCGCUCUAUUUCUCCCUGGUGUUCCACAGGGGUAUGUCGAAGCUGCUGUACCACCCCUCCUGCCCCCUCCGGCCCCCCGGGGAACUCGGCGUGGAGGAGGGCAGAGGUCACGGCCGGGGUCCUCUGCGCGCUCUCCCCGCCUACGCGCGCCUCUUGUUCUACGGGAUGCAGGGCCUGCUGGACGAGGUGAUUUUCACCUCCAUUUGCAACCUGGUGGAGAAGUCGGACCGCAGCCUGAGCGGCUACACGUCCCCGUGGUCCUUCCUGAUGUACGGGACCUGCAGCUCCGCGGUGGAGACGCUUUACUUCCACCUGCGCUUCGGCAGGGGCUGGGGGACGCUGCGGCGGCUCCCUGUCUACAUCUGCUUCAUCUACACCUGGGAGUUCUCCUGGGGUCUGGUCCUGAGGCAGUUCGGAGCCUGCUCCUGGGACUACUCCCACUAUCCGUACAACUUCAUGGGACUCGUCACCCUGCUGUACAUGCCCGGCUGGGCCUGCCUCAGUUUGUAUCAGGACGUGCUGUCCAACAUCCUGCUGAGAAUCCGGUGCAUGGAGGUGAAGGUGGAGGGUCCGGUCGAGGAGAACGGGGAGGUCAAUGGAGUGAUGGAGACAAAAAAACAAGCUUGAUUUUCAUGUUGGUGGUCCAACUUCCAGGGGAACAAACGGGCAUUAUUUUAGUCCAAUUAAUAAGUUAAACACAUGUUUAACAUGUGGAUGUUGAUAUGAAUAAAGAAAUGCAAGAGGUAUUCAUUUAAGAUACUUUGACUCUUUGGACAGUUGGCCAGCAAUUUGUUGACACAAACGUUGAAUGGGUUUGCUGUAGGGCUGCAACUAACGAUUAUUUUGAUAAUCGAUUAAUCGGUCGAUUAUUUCUUCGAUUAAUUGAUGAAUCGGAUUUUUUUUUAAACGGCAUUAAAAAGCUUUAAUUUCCAACCCUUUAUUCUAAAACUGAACCUCAAAUUCGUCAGAACUAGUUCUCUAUACUACACUCACAAACGCACCCUCAUGUCCACUUGAAGCAUAUUCAUUACAUUAUUACCAUUAUUGUAGUGCAAGUUAAGUAAAUGCAUACAGCUAAAAAACAACCAAGUGCUAUGAGAUGAAUUUAAAAUGGCAUUUGUAAAUAAAUGCAUUAGAGCCUUCUUAGUUGAUUUAAUGGAUCACCACGUGUCUCCCUUUACAGGCAUAACAUCAACUACCGUAUAACCCACAGUAUAUGCGCAUAUAUCAGCAGACAAAAGGUGGUGAAUCAUACAGUACCUAUCUUGUCUUCUCUGAACAAGUCACUUCAUGAGUUGAACAUAAUUUGGGCUCAUUAACAGCCGCUGUUUCACUCCACAUUAGCAUUUUAACUUUGGGCUGGAAUGAAUAGUCUUUUUUGAAUAGUCAGUUUUAUGAAGCCUUUAAUCAGGUUUUUCUGAUUAGAAAAUGUUUUGGUAAAAUAUUUGGUUAUAAUAUUUGGUUAUACAAUUUGUUUUUAAGUCAUUGUAGGAAGGGUAUUGUAUUUUAAUAAUGUUUAGAUAAUCUUGUCAUUUCCUGAGUGUAAAGCUUGAGGGAAUUAUAAAGUUUUGAAACACUUCAAUAACAAGAAAAAGUAAUGUCAAUUUCCCUUUCAUAUCUUUACAGCAAUGCUGAAAUAGCUGCACUUUAUUACUUAGAAUCAUUCACUUUUGGGAGAAAUCAAAUUGUACUUUGUAUGCAAAUAUUGAGGUACUGAGCAAAAAUGUCAGCUGGUCAUUAUGAAUAAAAACAUGUGACAAAUCGUAUUUGAUUCCAUUCCAACUUAAACAUCUGCCCCUGAUCAAUAACAGCAGGGGUUAGCCUGCCUGUGGCUGGUGUUCUCUUUCUUUUUCUUGGCAGCUAAAGACGUUCUUCAACAUUGCCAUUCGCUGAACAACAGAAUCAGCCAGUGCAUUUUUUUUUUUUCAUGGCCAGCCGGUUUUAAUCAUACGUUAUGAUGGCGUGAACCAUACGUCUUGGUUAAAUCUGACCUAUUCCUCAGACGCGACCAGUCAUUCCGUGACUUUAACGUUAUUUACAUACCCAAACAACAAGUUCUUAGCAAGAACGCCUCGCCCUCUUUGUCUGCAGCAGAGCAGGAACGCAAGCCUGACGGAGCGAACAUUUGGACUCGCUCUUUUCAUUCGGUUACCUCGGGUGUUUAUGCUUUGUUCAAACAUGCCCUGCCAUUGGUUACGAGCGACAAAAAUUUGGACUCGUAACUGUCAAGGCAUGAAACGAAUGUCUGAUAAACAAGAAGUCGCUCUGCUUAAACCAGUUCCUGGUUCUGUCCUACUUGUCACUUCCUUGUUGAGUUGUUGAGGUGAAAAUGAAAUGCACGAACUCUUCUUCUCCUUUGUUCACAAACCAGCUCGGAGAUCGCUGACACAAGCAAGCACAUGAAUCCAGAUUCACGUCACGUGCCCAGAGGACACCGUCAAUACGCUGUACGGUAUCCGCUGACAACAGCUCAAGGGGGGGGGCGUCGUACACGCCGACUCGACCCUACGGACUCAUUAGCACUAUUAAUGUGCCCGAGCUGAAAGCAUGGCUUCAUGCAGAUGAAAACAGCGUGUGAAAUUCAACAGUUUUCUUUAUAAUCAACAUUAACCAUCAGAAAUACAACACGUGAAAAAGGGACGUACCCUUGUUGUCAUGUUGGCCGAUCGAAAGACUCAGUUUUCAAUUACAUUUGAUAACAUUGUUCGUGAACUCUCUCAGAAUUUAGAGUGAAAAAAAAACAUUGAAGUGUACUUCUUGUAGAAAGACUCUGUCUCCAAAAGAAUGUAUCUGUAGCAGCUUGCUACCAACGUCGAAUUGUGGAGUUUUCUACUUCGUUUUGUCCGACAAAUAAAGAAUGCAGCUGGUGAGGCCCUGUGAGUGUUGUCACUCUGUGAAGGGUAACGUUGUGUGUAUAGUAAAGCACCUGUGCCUGUCCUGCUAUGACCAUGUCCGCAAGGAAGUGAAAAUAAAAAGCCUUACAUCA